CUCACUCUACUAACAUCCGAUACUUCGUGGACGUAACAGGAUGCGGUUCAGGGCUGUUGUUUCUGUUAUUUUCUUCAGCUUGUGCUUCAUGUGUGUGAAGGCACACAUUCCUGAGGCUCUUGAGCGGUACACACCGAAGCAUCUGGAGGCUAUCGAUGUGCUUCCUAACGACUUCGGGCCGACAAUGGUGAGCCCACCUGAAGCCGCCGCUACGGAAGUUAUUCCACCCCAACCCUUCCGGGGACCUGUGUCCAUGGGCAACUCAAUCGAGCAACUACUGCGGGAGCCUGCUCGAUUCGGUAGCUUGGAGUUCUAUGUUAAGCAGAAGAUGCAAACAUACUUCAACAGGUUCGAAUCUGCUGUCGGACGUAACACCGUCAUUUUCCAGCUUGAUGCAUGAUCACGCGUACUUUGAACUGGCGGGCGCCUCGCGUCAGGGCUCUCGAACUUGCGGGUCAAAGGACAUAAUAGCCAGACUGACGAAGAGCAACGGAUUUGCAGAAGCCUCCUGCCUUUGGUUUUGG